GGAGGGGUAACAAGAUGGUGGCGGAGACGGUGGAGCUCCAUAAACUGAAGCUUGCUGAACUAAAGCAGGAAUGUCUUGCUCGUGGUUUGGAGACCAAGGGAAUAAAACAAGAUCUCAUCAACCAGCUCCAGGCGUAUCUUGAAGAGCAUGCUGAAGAGGAGGCAAAUGAAGAAGAUGUACUGGGAGAUGAAACAGAGGAAGAAGAACCAAAGCCCAUAGAACUGCCUGUCAAAGAGGAAGAACCCCCUGAGAAAACUGUUGAUGUGGCAGCAGAGAAGAAAGUGGUAAAAAUUACAUCUGAGAUACCACAGACUGAGAGAAUGCAGAAGAGAGCUGAACGAUUCAAUGUACCUGUGAGCUUGGAGAGUAAGAAAGCUGCCCGGGCAGCAAGAUUUGGGAUUUCUUCAGUUCCAUCAAAAGGUCUGUCAUCUGAUGCCAAACCUACGGUUAACCUGGAUAAACUAAAGGAAAGAGACCAAAGAUUUGGUUUGAAUGUCUCUUCAAUAUCCAGAAAGUCUGAAGAUGAUGAAAAACUGAAAAAGAGGAAGGAGCGAUUUGGGAUUGUUACAAGUUCAGCUGGAACAGGAACCACAGAGGAUACAGAGGCAAAGAAGAGGAAAAGGGCAGAGCGCUUUGGGAUUGCCUGAUGAAAAGCUCUAAAUGCUUUCUGUUCUCCAGUGGUUUCCAUCUCUCUGACUUUUCUUGGUCAUAUAUAUACCUAAAUGCACAGUCAUGUGCCUAGGUUCUGCCUCGUAGUGAGAGAGCAUGUACCCUGGGUACAUCCAGGAACUUCAGCAGCAAUUUGACUCAU